AUGCCUGGAUACAAGUUCAUUUGCAAGGGCCUGGUUGCUUUAUGCUUCCUGGUCCAAGCAUAUGCGAACAACUCUGACUUGGAUAACCCUAGAUUCAUAGGCUACUUCAUUGACGCUGGUAAAACGUCCGAUAGCAGUAAGUUUGUAUCCAAGCAACAGAUGAAGAAUGUGUACUUAAUCUACCGUUCAGUUGAGACAAUGACAGCCCCAAGUUCAUUGUACACUAAAUUCACGACUUCCGGAGAUUAUGCUGGGCCGUGUCCAAGAUCCGGAUCUAAUUGUCAGGUCAACACCAUGUGUGAAAAUGGGACGCUUUCAGGACCCGAUAUCACCAACGUUGCAUGCGAAUACCGUAUAUCGCGAACUGAGUACUUCAUCGACAAUGAGUACCUCCUCGGCCAAAGUUUCGACCGUUGCCUCUACCGAAAUGCUGUCGACUUCCGUAUCAGCAGAACCAAUGACCUCCACGAGAGACCUCCCCGCCAAAAGCACAUCGGAAGCAGACACCGGCUCUAG